GUUUUUUUUUUAUCUUGUUAUCUUUUGAUUUUGUUGUUCAAGGUUGUUUCCUAAACUAGAUUUCUUUAGACACAUUCCUCUUUGUUUUCAGCUUGAUUUUCUCCUGUCCUUUAUUUAGCAUUCAUCACUCAUUUUCCUGUCCUUUGUGCACUCGACAUUCUAAUUUUCCUUCUGAAGUCCUCUAAAAAUUCAAAAGUAGUUAUGGUGUGCCAAGCAGCAAGCCAGACGAGAUUUAGAGCACUUAAACAUGAACAUGGGAUUUCUGGGAGAACAACCAUUAUAGUUAGAAUUAUAGCAUGCUUUCAACCUCUACAAAAUUGCCAGGCUGAAUAUUUCCGUCAGUUGCUGAAACCUGUGACGUAGACUCGUUCCAAGUUUCCGCCUUUCACUUUAAGAUAGCGAUAUAUUGUGUUCCUGUUUUUUUUCUU